AUGGAACCUUUUAUACAGCCUCACAGAUGUUUGACAGUAUCUUCACCAUCCGUGCUUUUGUUGAUGCUGUUAUGUUUCCGCUCAUUACUGCCGAAGAGAGAUACAAACACCUACAUUAGAUUAUUCACGCUUCUGAAAGACAUUGCCGUUCGACAUAACCUGAACUUCUCACCGAGCACAGUUAGCCUUGAUUUCGAAUGUGCUUCUCGUAAUGCCGUCACUCAGACAUUUCCAGCAGCAGAACUCAAAGGAUGCCUGUUCCACUACACAAAAGCCAUUUGGAAAAAGACGCAAGAAUAUGGACUUCAAACUGACUACAAGAACCUUCCCGAAGUCCAGAAACUUUUCCGCCGGGCAGCAGCUUUGCCACUUAUUCCACUACACCAAGUUGAAGAUUACUGGCUACAUGCCCUAGAAGAUGCCCCACAGAGAGAAGACUGCCAGAAACUCACUCAUUACGUCACAGAGACAUGGAUUGAAGGGCGACAUCCACAACCAACAUGGAACCACUUCCUAACCGAAGGACCCAGAACCAAUAACCACUUAGAAGGAUGGCACAAUAAACUUAAGAAGAGAGUGAAGACAGCACAUCCCAACAUCUACAAGAUAAUCGAGGAGUUCCAGCGACUUCAAGCAGCUACCGAGGUGAAGAUGAUUCAAUAUGCAGCAGGUGGACAGAGACGAAAAAAAGCAAGGAAGUACAGAGGAGUGGAAGAACGUCUAGCAAACCUAAAGACUGAUCUGUUGAAUGGGACCAAAGACUUCAUCCAGUAUGGGGACAUUCUACAUUCUGAAACUCAGUGA